CUAAACAAUCAGCCACAAAGUCCAACAUCUCUACCAAAUGUUCAUCCGGCGUCCUCUAUCUCUUCAAUCCCUAGGGAACGGCGUAUUCAACCAGAUUUAUCAGAUCUUCAGACCAAGAUCUAAUGGGCCUCUAAAUGCUCUCUUCUGCAGUUCCAGCUUCUCUGAGCCGCCUCCCAUGCCUCCCCCUGAGAACACAGGCCCAUUCUCAGGUUUUGCUGAGAAUAGAAAAAGCAACAUGCCACCCAACAAGGGAUUCACAGGUGUGGGACAUGUUGGCUUGAGAAGCAGCGCAAUACGCACUCUUUUUCCUACCGCUCCGACUGAUACCGCAAAUCAAAACGAAGCCGAGUUUGUAAGAAGAUCAAAAUCCAUAGACUUUGUUAGGGAAAUAAUGGAAGGACAUGGAAACAACCAAAACAUCUCCCCUUUCGGUAGUGGGACCCGCAAUUACCAAGUUGAGACAGAUGCUGACAUUGUCCAUGUUAAAAUUCUGCGCAACAACACUUUCAUAACUGUCACUGAUUCAAAAGGGAACAGAAAGUUUGGGGCUUCUGCUGGGAGUUUGGCACCGGGCGGGAAAGUGUCCAGGUUCGCUUCUGAGUCCACGGCGGAACAUAUCGGGCGGGAGGCAAGGAACCGUAACUUGAAGUCUGUGGUCAUGAAAGUGAACGGGUUCACGUAUUUCAAGAAGAAGAAGCAGUCGAUUCUCAGCUUUAGAGAAGGAUAUAAUCAUUCUCGGGGAGAUACAAACCCAGUUGUUUAUAUUGAGGAUACAACACGGCUUCCACAUAAUGGAUGCCGUCGCAAGAAGCAGCGCCGCAUUUAAUUUUUUUAUUUACAGAUGUUGACAUCGGGAGAUGCUGUAUGUUAUGAUAUUUUUUACUCUGCAAGAUUUUGGCAUUAUGUUGCGUUAUUAUAUACUCCGUAGCUUAUUCAGUCUGGGCAUGUAUGUUUUUGCAGGAUCGAUGGAUUAAUUUUUUAUACAGUUGUGUAAUAAGAUAUGCUCUGUACAAAGAUAGAGAUGAAAGAUGACUCAAGUUGAUGCAAUGUUAUACGACUUCCAUACGACCUUGGUGCUCCAUAAGAUGCAUUCAUUAUUUACACCUCUUCUCUUGAAUUGUUGAAAUUGUAUAAUAGAGUACAUAAGACGUGGGGAGCUAUGUUCAAUACAAACAUAAAAAAUGAAUGUAUAUUUAUUCAUAAUAAUGCUAUAGUGAUGAGAGUUGACCCCAAACCCUUAGCAGCGUAGGAAGGAGU